AUCAAAGCCCAAAAACAACACAGAAAAAAAACCAAAGAAAGAAAAACAUAGUACAAAAGUAGAACUCAAUCAGCUGAUACUGUCUCCUUUACAAGCGGCGAAACGUACUCUCAAUUUCUCGCCACCAAAUACCUCUCUCUCUCUUAAAUCUCAAAAAACGUUUCUCUUUUUUUCCCUCUCUCUCUAAAACAAAAAAAAAUUCAUAACCCCACAUUACCACUGAUUCACCUCUCUCAUAACAAGUAACAACACAUACAAAGGGGCGAUCAUGAUUUGAAGGCGUUGAUUGUGGUCUGUUUCUGAGUAAUUUCUGUUACUUUCUCGAAAAAAAUUAAUGGCGUCUUCGUCAUGUUCUGGAAAUUCUCUCUCAAAUGUGGAUCGUUUUGUUCUCAGCGUCACUCCAGAAGUUCCUUCUCACAAUCUUGUUCUUCAGAGCUGUUCUCAUGAAGUAAAUAAUCAAUGGCUACCUCUUGCAAAGGACACUAUUGAAUGCUUUGAAUUGAAAGAUCUUUGGAACUGCUAUGGAAAAUGGAGUGCAUUGGGUGCUGGUACGCCGAUGCUGUUGGGAAACAGCCAUGCUUUGACGCAAUAUUAUGUUCCCUGUCUAUCUUCCAUCCAAAUCUACACCAGUAAGUCUGUUGCAGCUUCUUCCAGGAAUAAGAAAGAGGAUAGCGAUGCAGCUGAAUCUGAAUUCGAUUCCUCGAGUGACGAUAGUGGAAGUGACAGUUCAUCGAGAUCAUUAAGUAACAAUUCUAGCAAGGCAUGGGAUGCUACUUCCUUGGAUUCGAGCUCCGACCAAUUGGGUUCGUGGCCAACAAGGGAUAUGCUUGGAUACCUUUAUUUGCAGUACACCGAGACUUUACCGCCUUGGUUGAGGGUUCCAUUUGCUCUGAAGAUAUCGGAGCUUGCUAAAAGCCAUCCAGCAUUGAUGACUUUAAAAAGUGUGGAUGUUUCCCCUGCAAGUUGGAUGGCUGUUGCUUGGUACCCUAUAUAUUCCAUACCAAAUCAUCAGCCAAGUGAAAAGGAGCUCUCUGCAUGCUUCCUAACUUACCAUACACUAUCAUCAUCUUUCCAAGAUUGUAAAAACACAUAUGAUGAUAUUGACAUAGGAAAAGACAUAGACUGUUUUGAAGAAUGGGCAGGUGUGGGAAAGAAAAGCAAGGAAAACAAGAGUGGUUUUAAAUCUCUGCCUCCUUUCGGGAUGGCUAGUUACAAAAUGCAGAAACCUUUUUGGUUAAGUUCAUCAUCCUCUUCAGAAUCUGGUAAUGAAAGGAUGUCUGACAUGUACAGCGCUGCAGAAUCCUGGCUGAAGCAACUCAACGUUCACCACCACGACUUCAACUUUUUCAGUCUCCAAUCUCCUUUGUAAAUCGGUUUCCGUUUUUAUUUACUAACUCGCUUCCGCCGUCUUAUCUAGUUUGGUACUUGAACAGAAGAAGUUUUACUACCGGUGCAGUUUUGGAACAAUGACAAACUGAGGUUAUAUGUCAAAGGAUGUAUAAUCCUUAGCAGAGUUAAGUUUUGUUUAUGGUGUUUUCCGGAUAGAUUUUUCUUCUAUAAGCAAAUGUUAGCGGGGUAUGUUACUUUUUACUUUCAGAGUUCGAAUCUUGUUCUUUCUGAUUAGUACUUUUUCGAUGUCUCUUAAUUCGCCCAUUCUGCUGAGAAAUUAGUUUUCGAUAGAUAAUAUAGCAGUUUGGAGGUGACUGAACUAUAAUAUCUUUUGUACAUUUUGUUUAUUUCUCUAAGGAAUUGUUUUUGUGUUUUGUA